GCAGCAUGGAAUGCAAAGAUUGAAGUUAUUUCUCUCUUUACAAAAGGAAGAGAGUAAGCUCCUUUGAUGACUUUACCGCAGCAUGGAAUGCAAAGAUUGAAGUUCUCUCUCUCUCUCUCUCUCUAUUGGGUCAAGUGUUGAUUCUCUUCGUGUACAUAUUAUAUAUUGGGUCAAGUUAUUCAAGAAGAGGCAAAUAAUGGUGGUAUUCAUAUGUAGGUUGAGGGAUUGGUAAUAAGCCCAAUUCUUCAAAUUCCAAAGCUGAAGGCAAAUCUCUUUCUAAUGGGGAGAAACUGCUUCAUGGAUAAUCUACCUACCAGAGAAAGACCUUGAGGUUGAGUGGCUUUGAUUUCAAGGAAAGGGCCCAAUUUUAAGAGGCAACAAUGCCAACACAAGGCAUCCUACACACUUCAAAAAAGAAGUGCACACAAAAGGUGUUAAAAUUGCAGUUUCUUAGUAGUGACUGGUGAUUAAGUGCUCAAAUAACCACACAAGAAGGUGCUCCUACAGAGCAAGCUGCAGGCAGGAAUCUAAUUUGGAGAGAUCUUAUGAUGGUUGAGAACCAGAUCAUCAUUUAACUUCAACAUAUUAGGAGCCAUCAUACUUGAAUAAGAACUUCUUAUAAGGAUUGAUAAUGGAGAUCAAAGACGCAGAGAGAACAGUUAUAGCUAAACCGGUUGCAUCAAGGCCUACUUGCUCCAGUUUUAGUUCCUUUUCCAACCUCCUUUCUGGGACCAUUAAUUCCUCACCCUCUAGUGCCUGUUCUGAAACUGCAGUUACUGCCAUUAGACCAAAGACUCUGAGGUUCAAGCCGGUGGCAAACCAGGCUUCAGUUGAGGCAGAGGUAUGUGCCGCUGAUGUUUGUUAUCCAUCUGAUAAGCUGGACAAGGUUCUAUAUUCAGACAGCAAAGACACCUUGGAUCACAAACCCCUAGCAGAGGUUGCAACAAAGAAAACAUUUUCUUCCUUACAAAAUACGAAGUUCUCGUUGCAACCAGAUAGAGAGAAGAUUACCAAUGCUUCAAAGAUGUCAGUAGAGAACAUGGAACAAGAUAGAACAUCUUUGCCACUCACUGGUAAUGGAGAUCGACCUCCUUCUGACGGAUAUAAUUGGAGGAAAUAUGGGCAAAAGCAGGUUAAAGGAAGUGAGUAUCCAAGAAGUUACUAUAAGUGCACACAUCCAACUUGCCCAGUCAAAAAGAAGUUAGAGCGGUUAUUAGAUGGCCAGAUAGCAGAAAUUGUAUACCAGGGAGAGCACAACCACGCAAAGCCAUCACCUCCCAAACGCCACACAUCAGGGAGACAAGGUCAGGGAUUUGUAUCUGGCGAGACAAACAACCCAUCAUGCAUUAACCAACUCAAUUACAGAAAUGACCUUGGAUUACGGACCCAUUCAACUUAUUCAAGCAAAGCUCCGUUAGCUUAUGAGCCAGUUCUUGCUGGAGCUCUGAAUACUGCUGUCAGGACUCCUGAGAAUUAUUCUGGUGUUACUGGGGAUUGUGAAGAAGGAAGCAAGUUGUGGGAGGCAGAGGAUGAUGAACCAAAAUGCAAGAGAAGAAAAAAUGAAAAUGAACCAGACAUAUCAGGAGGAGGAGUUCAACAGCCAUGUGCUGUGGUGCAGAGUUCGAAGGAGUCUGAGAUUGUUGGUGAUGAUGGCUUUUGCUGGAUAAAAUAUCGACAGAAAGUCAUGAAAGGAUAUCCAUAUCCCAGAGUCUACUACAGAUGCGCAAAUGUGACAUGCAAUGCGUGCAUGCAUGUUGAAAGUGCCUCGGAUGAUCCAACAGCAUUUAUCACAACAUAUGAGGGAAAGCACAACCAUGAAAUGCCCGCUAGCAAAAGUAUGAAUACAAUGCUGGCAUCUGAACGGGAAUCACAUUCACAGGCUGCAACAACCUCAAAGAACACAUCGUGAACAAUAUUAUGUAGUUCUGAAGAACCAGAUCGAGCUUAUGAGCAUCUAAAAUUCCAUGAUAGUGAGCCACUCCAAUAUGUCUUAUCGUCUUUGAAUUCUACAAGUGAAGGCUUCUUCAUGAAGAUGACAUUUUCCUAUUCUCUGUGUGAAUAACUAUAUGUAUGUCAAAUGUGCAAUUCUAUUAUCUUUACACUGCUUCUGGUUUUCUACUUUAUGCAUAUAGUUCCUGUCUAAUAUAUUCCCACAUGAUUUAGUGAAUAGAGUUGUCAAAUGUGUGGUUGAACCAUAUGUUACAUCUUAUGUAAAUACAUGUUCAUAUUCCGGAGUUGUUAUAGCUAGAAUUCAUA